GGCAAUCGCAGUUACUGCUCGACGGUGCACGUUCAAACAUGCGUUUUCACGAAGAUUAUUCACGAAUCUGCGCUUUCGUGUCUCAAAGAGCAGUCUUCGCAAAUAGCGUCCGACCGGCCACAUUGGUCAUAAGCGAUGGAAAAAUCCAGGAAAUAUCAUACGACACCGGUGAAGAUGUUGUACGAUAUUUAUCACAGAAAUAUCCCGGCAUUCCGUUUAACGAUUGCGGCUCGUUAGUGCUAAUGCCUGGAAUAAUAGACUCUCACGUGCAUGUAAAUGAGCCCGGAAGAACCGAAUGGGAAGGAUUUCACACCGCUACACGUGCGGCCGCGGCUGGCGGCGUCACCACGAUCGCGGAUAUGCCUUUGAAUUCUAUUCCGCCCACCACCACUUUGGAUAAUCUCAAAGCUAAAGCGAGGGAAGCGUGCGCGAAAAUAUUUGUGGACGUUGCCUUCUGGGGCGGGGUGAUACCAGGGAAUCAGCACGAGUUGCGAUCGUUAAUAGACGCAGGUGUAGUCGGUUUUAAGUGCUUCUUGUGCCCGAGCGGAGUCGACGAAUUUCCACAUGUCUCCGUGGACGACGUGAGGGAAACUCUUUCGGAACUGCUGCCUACGAAGACCGUGCUGGCGUUUCACGCAGAAUACGAGCGAAAUGAAAAAACGAAUCGACUAACCGGCAAACCAGAAUUGUACGACACUUUCUUGCGUGCUCGUCCUGAUCUCAUGGAACUUGAUGCCGUAAAAUUAAUUUGUGAUUGGUGUAUAAAAUAUAACUUUCGAUGCCACAUAGUGCAUUUGUCAAGCGCAGAAUGUUUGACAUUAGUAAAUGAUACGAAGGCUCGUGGUGCACCUUUAACCGUGGAAACGUGUUAUCACUAUCUGACACUAGCAGCGGAAGAGAUACCGGCAGGUUCCACUGAAUUCAAGUGUUGCCCGCCGAUCAGGGGAAAGAGUAAUCGAGAACAAUUGUGGCACGGUGUUAAAAGUGGAACAAUAGAUAUGAUCGUUUCGGAUCACUCUCCCUGCGUGCCAGAAUUGAAAACUCGCGGAAAUUUUCUGACUGCUUGGGGUGGAAUCUCCUCAUUGCAAUUCGGAUUACCGCUGGUAUGGACAGCCGCGAGAAUGAGAAAUAUACCAUUUUCCGAUGUCUCGAAGCUAUUAAGCAGUCAGCCCGCAAGGUUGUGCGGUCUCGAAGAUCGUAAAGGUGAUUUAUCAGUUGGAAUGGACGCGGAUUUCGUUAUUUGGAAUCCAGAGGAAUCUAUUAAGAUCGAGAAAGGUGACAUUCACCACAAGAACAAACUGACUCCAUACGAAGGAAAGGUCCUAUUUGGAAAAGUAAUUGCAACCGUCCUUAGGGGACGAUUUGUUUUCAAAGAAGGAAAAAUUUGCGAUAAACCUACGGGGAGAUUAUUGUUAAAUGCAAAUAUCUUGCAAACGAUAGAAACCCGAUAAACUCUAUUUUGUUUUGUACAGCUCACGAAUCUAUUAUUCCUUCGUUUCCGUUUCAAUAUGAAUUGUCAAUAAUAAAGAAAGAUAAGACAAAUAAUAAAUUAUGAAGAAUACUUGUUCACAUUAUUAACUCUUGUUUUAUAUUAUUAAAAGUAAGUGAAACUC